AAAUUCACACCAAUUUAGUUUGAAGAUUAUAAAAGUUUGAGCUUUUUAUCUUCAAAACCCAGUUUUCAAUUUUGAGGCCAAAGAGAGGUUUUGGGUGCAUUUAUUGAGAAAAAUAUAUAGAAGAUGGUUGCAAGAACCCCACAAAAGCAGAGGAAAGUGGCGAUGGUGGUGCCUCCUCUCAACUCAGAUCUUCUCAAGGAAACAAUCAACAAGGUUGACAAAUGUAUGGAAAGACUGCAAGAGUUACAGUUCACAAUUGCAGGAGGAACCAAAGUUGUCUCCGGUGUGAACCUUAGCCCUCGAAGUACUAGAAUUUACUUGAGGACUAGUCUUAGAUGCAAGCAAGAAACUUUAAGGAUCAAGAGUGCUACUAAUAAGAAAUCUCCAGUAGGAAAGUUUCCAGCUUCCUCACCAGGAGAUUGGAGGAAAAUGUCACUCCCCGCAAUGCUACUAGGAGAGACUGUAACUAAAAUCUUACAAGCCUCACAAAGUGCGCUAAUGGAUAUGUACUCUAAAUGUGGAAGCAUUGAAGAUGCGUGGAAGAUUUUCGAGUCCACCGAAGAAGUUGAUGAAGUUUCGAUGACAUUGAUAUUAGUUGGUUUAGCACAAAAUGGGUCAGAGGAAGAAGCUAUACAGUUCUUCAUUAGAAUGCUUCAAGCUGGUGUAGAGAUUGAUGCAAAUGUAGUUUCAGCUGUUCUUGGAGUUUCGUUUGUCGAUAAACUCUUUGGGUCUAGGCAAGCAACUGCAUUCUUUACAUUUGCUCGCCAUGGUCAUGGAUUAACUGCCUUGGAAAUAUACGAAGAAAUGAUUUCGCAAGACGUGAAGCCUACGGAUGUUACUUUUCUAUCACUACUUCAUGCUUGUAGCCAUGUAGGGUUGCUCGAUAAAGGCCAAGAACUCUUAAACGAUAUGCAAGAUGUCUAUGGAAUCGAGCCCAGGACAGAGCAUUAUACAUGUAUCAUUGACAUGUUGGGUCGAGCUGGUCAUAUGAAAGAAGCAAAGAGCUUUAUAGACUCAUUGCCCGUGAAACCUGACUGUAAAAUGUGGCAGGCCUUGCUUGGAGCUUGUAGUUUCCGUGGUGAUACAGAAAUAGAGAAAUAUGCAGCUGAACAGUUGCUUCAAACUGCACCUGAUAGCUCAGCUGCUCAUAUCUUGAUGGCUAACAUAUACUCAUCCAGAGAAAAAUGGAAGGAAAGGGCGAAGACUAUCAAGAGAAUGAAAGCAAUGGGAGUGACUAAAGGAACAGGCAUAAGUUGGAUUGAAAUUGAGCAUAAAACACACUGCUUUGUGGUUGAGGACAAAAUGCAUCCACAAGAAGAGGCUAUAUAUGAUGUUCUAUCCGGAUUGUUUCCGGUUAUGGUAGAUGAAGGUUACAGACCUGAUAAGAGAUACUCAACUUCUCAGCGAUUCAUCCCCAGUUGCAGAGAGAAAAGCAGAGAUGAUCCACUCUCCAGCUCUUCACCUUACUCUAUACUCGGCAUAGAUCCAAGCUGCUCAUCUUCCGAGCUAAAGGCGGCUUUUCGUGCCAAAGUAUGCAUCCAAGAAUCACUAAUCUGUACUGUUCUGAUGUUUUGGCUCCUGGUGGAAGAGUUGGUAUUGACCCUGGAGCAGUUCUUUUUUUACGCCGAUGCUGCUGAGAAAUUGAAGGAGGUUAUAGCGAAGAAGAAUCAUGAGUUGGUUUACUUGGGUCCUUCCAUAUCUCAUCCACAAGAUUUACACUGUACAAGGCCAAAGCCUCCAAGCAAACGAAUAAGGAUACAUGACUUGAAGUAUGCUGGUUUAGAUAGGUUGACCAAGCCCAACUCCUUUUUAGAUAAUUCUAACGUAACGGCGGAGGUGAAAGAUCAUUUGAAAAACGCAGGGACUGAACUUAGACCUUACGAUUCCAUUCUUCAAGGAAUAGAUAGAACUCCAGCGGAUAUACUGCCAAUCCCUCUGGUAUGGUUAUUGACAUCCUUGUUGCUGGAACUUGCUUCUCGACACAUAGUCAAUACACACUCAGUGAGUGAUAUGCUUUCCUUUCCUCAAACUACUCCUGCGGGAUAUUAUGAAGGCCAUGCAUUUGGGAUCCGAAUUGAGAAUCUCCUUCAUGUGAGAGAUGCAGAAACACCAAACCGCUUUGGUGGUGCUACAUACCUCCUUGGAUUUGAGAAGCUUACAUUUUUCCCCAUUCAGACAAAAAUUGUUGAUGCUUCUUUGCUAUCUGAUACUGAGGUUGACUGGCUUAAUACUUACCACGCGGAAGUCUGGGAUAAGCAGCAGUUGUUUGAACCGGGUAAUAUUUCCUUGACAGGUUUCACCAUGAAUGGAAGGUUCUUCUACUACUCAGCAGUGGCUCUGGAACAACACAAGACCGUUAGCCAAACCAUGAUCAAACCCACCAAGUGUUUUGCAAACUUAGACUUGAUCCUUGAGGAUUAGAACCAGAAGCUGCUCCUUUUAUCUGCUUGUGUGUAUAAAUUACAAACAGAAAU